CAAAUAUUUAUUUUAAAGUAUAUGAUGCAAGUAAAUUUAGCAGUACAGAAAGGACCAUUAAAAGUAAAAUAAAAUGCAUUCUAUAUAUGACUUUUUACAACAAAUUUCUUUAAUAUUCUUCUAGGCAAAUUUCUUUGUUUUGAGGAGAAGAGGAAGAUAAAAUGGAGAUUGGAAAGGACAUUCUAGAAUGAAGUUUCUCUGCACACUCCUUUUUCCUUCUUAAGCUCUAGAGAAGAAGAAUGAAGUACGAACUGUCUGCACCCUGAAAACCAGGUGCUUUUGAACGACAUUUCUCACCUGCCCUUUUCAUUUCUGCAAGUGUUUUUCAACAACCAGAAAGUGUGAAGAGUAAAGCGCCCUGAAAUCCACCAGAGCUUCACACGUCGUCUUCUUCUCUUGAGCCUCAGGGCUCACACAGCCAGAUAUGUUUUUUCAGCUCUGAAAAACGGUUAAACAACCUCCCCAAAGCGACAUGCAAGUCAAAGGCACAGUUGUCAGGGCCAGAAUGUGAAAAGCACCCAGCCACUUUUCCCCCCCGCUGCGGGCAACACCAGUCUCCAGCUCUUGGUAUACAAAGAAUCUCUGCGGGAACCAAAGAGGCCAUUAGAAACUACAAUUCCCAGCAGGCUUAGCGGGGGCCGGGUCACGCAGGCGCAUUUCAGAUCCUGGGAAUGAGGGCCCGAGGUGGGACUUCUAAAAGAGGAAAAUGGCAGCUCACCGGCUGUGGCCGGGCGUCUGCAGGCUGUUUGCUAUGGGACCAGAGCUGGGGAGCGCAAGACGAGCUUACAGCGCGUUCCAGGCCUUCACGGAAGUUCUACGGCUGCCGAGCAAGCAGCUGACGAAGCUGGUCUUCCCGCUGCAAGAACUCCAUGGGCAUUUCGUCCCGGGCUCGAGGCCAGACCUUCACCUGAAUAUCUUCCACCCGAGCUUGGAGGACAUCGCGCGGGCGGAGAGCUUCUUCACGGCCUCCGCCCGAAACCGCAUCGAGUACCUCACCUCGGCUGUGCGUCUGGACCACGCCCCGGACCUUCGCCACCCGGAGGUGUGUUUUAUAGGCAGAAGCAAUGUUGGAAAAUCCUCUCUAAUAAAGGCUUUGUUUUCACUUGCCCCAGAGGUUGAAGUUAGAGUCUCCAAAAAACCGGGCCAUACAAAGAAAAUUAAUUUUUACAAAGUUGGAAAAUACUUUACAUUGGCGGACAUGCCAGGUUAUGGCUAUAGAGCACCUGAAGAUUUUGUUGACAUGGUAGAAACCUACCUAAAAGAACGAAAGAAUUUGAUGAGAACAUUUUUAUUAGUGGAUAGUGUUGUUGGAAUUCAAAAAGCAGACAAUAUUGCCAUAGAAAUGUGUGAAGAAUUUGCAUUACCUUAUGUGAUGGUAUUAACAAAAAUUGACAAAUCUUCCAAGGGACAUCUUUUAAAACAAGUGCUUCAGAUCCAGAAAUUUGUUGACACUAAAACACAAGGAUGUUUUCCUCAGUUGUUCCCUGUAAGAUCCAGAACAAACAAGAGUUUACAGACGCUGGCUGAGGAGAGGUCAAAUGCUGAUGAGAAAAAGAAAUAGAAGCCUCAUGAUAAAAGAUGGUGAUGAUGAUAAUGACGAUGGAAGUACCUAACAUCUAACAUCAAGUAAGUGCUUACCAUACUUUAGACUCUGUGCUGAAUACUUUACAUGUACUAAAACUGGCACAACCCUAUGAAGUGCAUACUGUUUCUAGAAAAUGGAGGUAUGGACAGGUCAAGAAACUUACAUAAGGUCACAAAUUACUACCAACCAAAGCCAGGACACAAACCAUCUGUCUGACUUCAAAGCCCAUAUUCUUAAGCUGCAAUAUAAUCCACUCCUAUGAUGGUUCCUAGGAUCAUUUUAAAAUUCUAGCAAAACUCUUAGUAAAACGUUUCUGAAGGUAUUCUAUUAACUGAAUUAACUAGAUGCACUCAGAUCCCUUGGAAAUGCCUCUACUCAUUCAGAAGCAGACUGAGAACUAAGAUGGCACUAUGCCUAGAGCUGGGGAUAAAACCAGAAGUAAGAUUCAGCCUCUGCCCUUGGUAAGUGGCAUCUACACUACAAGUUAGCAGAAAUCAUAAGCUAUAUUAAAAUAAGCCAG